CCGAGUGCCAUUGCCAUUCGUUUGCUUACAGUCAUUUCUCGUCCGCUUUGCUCUGACCAAGUUUUCUGGAAUAUCCUACCUUGCUUUUUAAUAUAUCCGCUCUGUUUUCCAUAGUACUCUGCCGGCCCUCGUUUCUGCUUGUUUGUUUGGAGUACUGAGGUCAGAGUUGAAUCCAACAGUCAACUGUCCUGGGAAUUUUCUUGUACGAGCCCGAUCAUGAGUAGGGAAAAUCGUCAGCUUCACAUCUUCUUCCUCCCUUUCAUGGCUCAUGGCCACAUGAUACCAUUCAUGGAUUUAGCCAUGCUCUUUGCCGCUAAAGGUGUAAAGACAACCAUUAUUACCACUCCUUUGAAUGCACCCCACAUCUCCAAGGUAACUGAGAGGGCCAAAAACUUGGGCUUUGAAAUCAACAUCCUCAUCACAAAAUUCCCAUCUGUCGAGGCUGGAUUGCCUGAAGGAUGUGAGAGCUUCGACAAAGCUUCAUCACCAGAUAUGCAGUUUAAAUUCUUCAUAGCCACCACCAUGCUCAAAGAACCCCUUGCGCAUCUACUCCAAGUGCAUCAUCCCGAUUGCCUUGUUGCAGACAUGUUCUUUCCUUGGACAACUAACGUUGCUGCUGCAUUUGGAAUUCCAAGAAUUGUCUUCCAUGGAACCUGUGUGUUCUCCUUAUCCGCCACAGAACACAUUAGAUUGUAUGAGCCUCACAAGAAGGUAUCGUAUGAUUCUGAACCUUUUGUCUUGCCUAAUUUUCCAGGUGAGAUCAAGCUGACAAGAUCGCAACUGCCAGAUUUUGUUAGGCAAGAAUUAGGCUUUACCAAGUUUUAUAACGAAGGUAAGGAAACAGAGUCGAAGUGCUUUGGUGUUAUUGUCAACAGUUUUUAUGAACUUGAAUCUACUUAUGCUGAUCAUUACACAAAGGCCCUGGGAAGAAGGGCUUGGCAUGUAGGUCCCAUAUCGUUAUGCACUAGAGACACCAUUGAUAAAACAGAAAGAGGAAAGAUAGCAUCCAUAGAUGAAAAUGAGUGCUUGACAUGGCUUAAUUCGAAGAAACCCAACUCGGUUGUCUAUAUAUGUUUUGGGAGUGUGGCAAACUUUGAUUCCUCUCAACUUUUGGAGAUUGCAACAGGUCUUGAGGCUUCAGGGCAACAGUUCAUUUGGGUAGUCAGAAAAGAAAAUAAAAAUCAAGACGAAAGGGAUGAUUGGUUGCCAGACGGAUUUGAGAAGAGAAUGGAAGGUAAGGGACUAAUCAUAAGAGGGUGGGCACCUCAAAUGUUGAUUCUUGAUAAUGAAGCAAUUGGUGGAUUUGUGACUCAUUGUGGGUGGAAUUCCAUUCUUGAAGCAGUGUGUGCCGGUGUGCCUAUGGUCACAUGGCCGGUGGCUGCCGAACAGUUCUACAAUGAAAAGUUGCUGACUCAAGUGCUAAGGAUCGGGAUUGGUGUUGGGGCUAACAAAUGGGCUAGAAUAGUUGGGGACUUCGUGAAGAGAGAAGCAAUAGAGAAGGCAGUGAGAGACAUAAUCGUGGGCGACAAAGCAGAAGACAUGAGAAACAGGGCCAAGGCGCUAGCAGAUAAGGCAAGGAAAGCUGUUGAAAAGGGGGGUUCGUCUGACUCUGAUUCGAAUGCUUUAAUUGAAGAACUAAGUUCUCGCGCCAUGAAAAUACACAAGUAAAGGUUUUUUAUGCUGAUUGCAAGUACCAAAAGGUCUGGAAACUCUCAGCUGCAGUAUUCUCUAGAUGUGGAACGGAAAAUGAGAGGUGAUAAAUGCACCAAGACGAGUGGCGUUGAGAGUUAUGGGCUUUCUUAUAAUAAUCCAAAGCUGCUUUUUGUAUUACUCCGCCCUACUAGCUAUCUUGCUUGCAUAUUUAUCAAUAAUAUUCACGUCAUGAUCGAUUUCAAACAACCACAAACAAGGUUUCAGACUCAUCUUCCUUUCUGUGUCAUUGCCAUUUUUUAUCUCUCCUUCACUUUCUACCAUCUGAACUUUCAUUCUGCUCUGACUCUGAAGUCUUUGUAUAAGGGAAUAUGGGUGGUGAGAAUCCUCAGCUUCACUUAGUCUUCUUUCCUUUCAUGGGUCAUGGCCACAUGAUGCCAAUGGUUGACAUGACUAAGCUGUUUGCAAUGAGAGGUGUAAAGACAACCAUUGUCACCACUCCACUUAAUGUUCCUUUCCUCUCUCGACAAUCCAAAGUAGCAAGAAUUCAGGUAUCAAUGUCGAUAUCCGAAUCCUGAAAUUCCCUUAUGCUAAAGCUGGAUUGCCUGAGGGCUGUGAAAACCUGGACUCUAUCACAAGUUCCCAAGAAGCAAACAUGGAUAUGAUUGGGAAAUUCUUCAAGGCUACAGCCAUGCUUCAAAAACCCCUUGAGCAGCUGAUGCAAGAAUGUAAACGAGAUUGCUUGGUAGCUGAUAUGUUUUUUCCUUGGGCUAUAGAUAGUGCAAACAAGUUUGAAAUUCCCAGGUUAAUGUUUAAUGGUAUCAGUUUCUUUUCAUUAUGUAUAUCAGAAUCCAUUAGUCUAUACGAGCCAUACAAGAAAGUCGAGUCAAAUUCAGAAUCUUUUGUGAUUCCUAACCUUCCUGGUGAUAUUAAGUUGACAAAAAAACAGAUGCCUGAUGUUUUAACACAAGACGAUGAAAAUGACUUUACCGAGUUGGUAAAAGAAUGAAGAGAAACAGAGCUGAAAAGCUAUGGGGUUCUCGUCAACAGCUUCUAUGAGCUAGAGACCACCUAUGCUGAUCACUACAUGAAUGUUUUGGGAAGAAAGGCAUGGUAUAUUGAGCCUGUCUCAUUAUGCAAUAUGACCAUUGAAUAUAAAGCAGAUAGAGGGAAGAAACCAUCGAUUGACGAACACAAAUGUUUAGAGUGGCUUGAUUCAAAAGAACCCAAUUCAGUUGUUU